CUAGGCUCGGUGGUAGCGCCGCGAGCCCCGGGUCCUUGCCUUCAGCAUCUUCACCUCGCUCCCCUUCCUCCGAAGUUGCGGAGGUGCCGGGAGGAGGAGGGGCUUCGCCUCGGGCGCCCGAGUGAUUGGCUGCCCCGGGCCCCUGGCGAGGGCUGUGUGGUGCAUCCCGGGUGGAGAGGGGCGGAGCGGCCACUGCUCUAACCACCGCCACAGUCGCAGCCGCCGCAGCCUUGGCCGCCCGGCAAGUAGCUCGGAGCGGCGGCUUCCUGGGAGCCCCGACGCGGGCCGGGGCUCCAGGCUCUGUUCGCUCCGUGCGGAGCCAUGCUGGGCAGCCGCGCGUAAUCUCCGCGCCUGGGUCGCCGUAGAUUCGACCCAGUGCACCGUCCCUCGCCGCAGCCCAGCUUUCCGUGCACGCAACUCCCUCAAGUCUCUGCCGACCCCUCGCAACCAUGCCCCGAGCGACUGCGCUCGGGGCCCUUGGGCCACUGCUGCUGCUGCUGCUGCUGCCGCUGCUGCCGCUGCCCCGCGACGCCGAGGGGCGCGGGGAGCGCUCCGACGCCGUCUCGGACUACUCGGCGCUGGAAGGCGAGGAGGGCGCGGAGCAGCAAUUGGAGCAUUACCACGACCCGUGCAAAGCCGCUGUCUUUUGGGGAGACAUUGCCUUAGAUGAAGAGGACCUGAAGUUAUUUCACAUCGACAAGGCUCGAGACUGGAUCAAGCAGUCGGUGGAGGAAACAGGACACGGAACAGGUGGGCUUGGAGAGCAGUCAUUGGAGAGCUGGCUGAAUGCUACAGCCGUGAAUGCCAGCAGUGAGGAAGCUAAAAAGGAUGGCAAAGAGAAUGGCAUGCUUCCACAGAGCCCUGGGACCUCAAAUGCUGGAGCUGAGACCUUCUCUCUCCGGGUCCGAAGAGCCACAACCUCAAGGGCCGAGAGGAUAUGGCCUGGAGGGGUCAUCCCCUAUGUCAUCGGCGGGAACUUUACAGGAAGCCAGAGGGCCAUUUUUAAGCAGGCCAUGAGACACUGGGAGAAGCACACCUGUGUGACCUUCAUAGAGAGGACGGAUGAAGAAAGCUUUAUUGUGUUCAGUUACAGAACCUGUGGCUGUUGUUCCUAUGUUGGGCGCAGAGGAGGAGGCCCACAGGCUAUAUCCAUUGGGAAAAACUGUGACAAGUUUGGCAUUGUGGCUCAUGAGCUGGGCCACGUGGUUGGGUUCUGGCAUGAACACACCCGCCCAGACAGAGAUCAGCAUGUCACCAUCAUCAGAGAAAACAUCCAGCCAGGUCAGGAGUAUAAUUUCUUAAAAAUGGAAGCUGGGGAAGUGAGUUCUCUGGGAGAGACGUACGACUUUGACAGCAUCAUGCACUAUGCCCGGAACACCUUCUCAAGAGGAGUUUUCUUAGACACCAUCCUUCCCCGUCGAGACGACAAUGGCAUCAGGCCAACCAUUGGCCAGCGUGUGCGGCUCAGUCAGGGAGACAUAGCUCAAGCCAGGAAGCUGUACAAAUGCCCAGCGUGUGGGGAGACCCUGCAGGACUCAACGGGAAACUUUUCCGCACCUGGGUUUCCAAACGGCUACCCUUCUUAUUCCCAUUGCAUCUGGAGGAUAUCCGUCACUCCAGGGGAGAAGAUCAUCUUAAACUUCACAUCCAUGGAUUUGUUUAAAAGCCGCCUGUGCUGGUACGACUACGUGGAGGUCCGGGAUGGUUACUGGAGAAAAGCGCCCCUGUUGGGUAGGUUCUGUGGCGAUAAAGCCCCGGAGCCCGUCACCUCCACGGACAGCCGGCUCUGGGUGGAGUUUCGGAGCAGCAGCAACAUCCUGGGCAAGGGUUUCUUCGCGGUGUAUGAAGCUACGUGUGGGGGAGACAUUAACAAAGACACAGGUCAGAUUCAAUCUCCCAACUACCCGGAUGACUACAGACCUUCCAAGGAAUGUGUUUGGAGAAUUACAGUUUCAGAGGGCUUUCACGUGGGGCUGACCUUCCAGGCUUUUGAGAUCGAAAGGCAUGACAGCUGUGCAUAUGACUACCUGGAAAUCCGCGAUGGCCUCACAGAGGAGAGCACCCUGAUUGGCCAACUUUGUGGCUAUGAGAAGCCAGAGGAUGUGAAAUCGAGCUCUAACAGAAUGUGGAUGAAGUUUGUGUCUGAUGGCUCUAUCAAUAAAGCGGGCUUUGCAGCCAAUUUUUUCAAGGAGGUGGAUGAGUGUUCCUGGCCAGAUCAUGGUGGGUGUGAGCAGCGCUGCAUGAACACUCUGGGUAGCUACAAGUGCGCGUGUAAUCCUGGCUAUGAGCUGGCCGCCAAUAAGAAGACGUGUGAAGUGGCCUGUGGCGGUUUCAUUACCAAGCUGAACGGAACCAUCAGCAGCCCUGGGUGGCCGAAGGAGUACCCUACCAACAAAAACUGUGUCUGGCAGGUGGUGGCUCCCACUCAGUACCGGAUCUCCCUUCAGUUUGAAGUGUUUGAACUGGAAGGCAAUGAUGUCUGUAAGUACGACUUCCUGGAGGUGCGCAGCGGCCUGUCGCCCGACGCCAGGCUGCACGGCAGGUUCUGCGGCUCCGAGACGCCCGAGGUCAUCACCUCGCAGAGCAACAACAUGCGCGUGGAGUUCAAGUCAGACAACACGGUCUCCAAACGUGGCUUCCGGGCCCACUUCUUCUCAGACAAGGACGAGUGUGCCAAGGACAACGGCGGGUGCCAGCAUGAGUGUGUCAACACGUUUGGGAGCUACCUGUGCCGGUGCAGGAAUGGCUACCAGCUCCAUGAGAAUGGACACGAUUGUAAAGAAGCUGGCUGUGCGCACAAGAUCAGCAAUGCAGAGGGGACUCUGGCGAGCCCCAACUGGCCUGACAAAUACCCCAGCCGGAGAGAGUGCACCUGGAACAUCUCUUCAACUGCAGGCCACAGGGUGAAACUCACAUUUAAUGAGUUUGAGAUCGAACAGCACCAGGAAUGUGCCUACGACCACCUGGAAGUGUACGAUGGGCCCGACAGCCUGGCCCCCAUCCUUGGCCGUUUCUGCGGCAGCAACAUCCCAGACCCCGUGGUGGCUUCAGGCAGCAGAUUGUUUCUCAGGUUUUAUUCGGAUGCCUCUGUGCAGAGGAAGGGCUUCCAGGCGGUGCACAGCACAGAGUGCGGGGGCAGGCUGAAGGCCGAAGUGGAGACCAAAGAGCUCUAUUCCCACGCCCAGUUUGGGGACAACAACUACCCGAGCCAGGCCCGCUGUGACUGGGUCAUCGUGGCGGAGGACGGCUACGGCGUGGAGUUGAUUUUCCGGAGCUUCGAAGUCGAGGAGGAGGCCGACUGCGGCUACGACUACAUGGAGGCCUUCGACGGCUACGACAGCACCGCGCCCAGGCUCGGCCGCUUCUGCGGCUCCGGGCCAUUGGAAGAAAUCUACUCUGCAGGGGAUUCUCUGAUGAUUCGGUUCCACACGGAUGACACCAUCAACAAGAAAGGCUUUCAGGCCCGGUACACCAGCACCAAGUUCCAGGACGCCCUGCACAUGAAGAAGUAA